AUGCUCAUGGCACUUGCAUUCGUUCCAGUUCACGAUGUAAUUUCAGCGUAUGACGAACUUACUAAAAGUAAAUUUUAUGUCGAUCAUGAUGACGAAUUAUGUGGUUUGCUCGAUUAUUAUGAGUCAACAUGGAUUGGUGUACUGAAACGCAACGGAGUUGAUCGUUCGGAGCCUCUAUUUGCUAUUCAAAUAUGGAAUUGUUAUUUGAGCGUUAUAAACGAUGAACUAAGAUCAAAUAAUGGAAUGGAAGGUUGGCAUCAUUCCUUUAAUGAUUUAGUUCGUGUUAGUCAUGCUAACGUUGCUAAGUUUAUAAAUGUAUUGAGAUCACAGCAAACACUUGUUGAAAUGAAGUUAGUGCAAUUAAAUACUGGUUUGUCAUUACCUAAACGGCGUCUUCUUUACCGUAAUUAUAAUGAUCGUAUCAAAAAAAUUGUGGUUUCAUAUGAUAGCAAUAAUAAAUUGCAGUUUCUUAAAAAUAUUGCUGGUGUUCUAAAGAUAUAA